CGUCGGGAUCUGCGUGUGGGGGAGAUCGCGGAGUUGCUUGCAACCCACGCGGCGAGCGUGAUUGCUGAAAUUUUCUGUGUCAGAGGUGGCUUUUCGUAAGAGGAUGUAGCGAGUCUGAGGAUGGGGCUUUCUGCGGAGAGGCGCUCACAAUGGCCAGAGAAGACUCCGUGAAGUGUUUGCGGUGCCUGCUGUACGCCCUAAACCUGCUUUUCUGGUUGAUGUCCGUCACUGUGUUGGCUGUUUCUGCCUGGAUAAGGGACUACUUGAAUAAUGUUCUCACUUUAACUGCAGAAACAAGGGUAGAGGAAGCUGUUCUUUCCACUUACUUUCCAGUUGUCCACCCAGUCAUGAUCGCCGUCUGCUGUUUCCUUAUCAUUGUUGGAAUGUUGGGCUAUUGCGGAACAGUGAAAAGGAACCUUCUGCUCCUCGUGUGGUAUUUCGGAAGUUUGCUUGUGAUAUUCUGCAUCGAACUGGCCUGCGGUGUUUGGACCUACGAGCAGGAAAUUGCGGUCCCUGUGCAGUGGUCAGAUAUGGUCACUUUGAAAGCCAGAAUGACCAACUACGGCUUGCCUAGAUACCAGUGGCUUACUCAUGCUUGGAAUUUCUUUCAGAGAGAGUUUAAAUGCUGUGGAGUUGUGUACUUCACGGACUGGCUGGAAAUGACGGAGAUGGACUGGCCUCCGGACUCCUGUUGCGUCAGAGAAUUCCCAGGAUGCUCCAAACAGGCACACCAUGAGGAUCUAAGUGACCUUUACCAGGAGGGUUGUGGUAAAAAGAUGUAUACUUUCCUGAGAGGAACGAAACAACUGCAAGUGCUUCGAUUUCUUGGAAUAUCGAUUGGGGUCACCCAGAUUCUGGCUAUGAUCCUCACUAUUACUUUGCUGUGGGCUCUGUAUUACGACCGACGAGGCCCAGGUACAGAUCAAAUGCUGUCCUUGAAGAAUGACACCACACAGCACCUGUCAUGUCAUUCAGUGGAGCUGCUGAAACCCAGCCUGACAAGGAUUUUGGAGCACACAUCCAUAGCAAACAGCUUCACCACACACUUUGAAAUGGAGGAACUUUAGCGUGAUCGUCCCUUUUGCUAAUUGUACAUUUGGAAAAGGAGUCUGAGGUCAUCAUUCUGAUUCAGAGAAGAAAACAGAAUGAAUGGAGAUGUUUUUAAUGAAUUACAGUGAUUCCGGGCUCUUAACCUUUUUAUUUCUUAAAACGUUUGUGACCUGAAGGUUCUAGCUAUAGUUUCACCACUAAAAUAUAUCUAUUGUUUUAAAUACUGAGAAUGAAUAGGUUCUGUUUCGUGAGAAGGUGUGCAUUAUAUAAAAUGCUGAUUGUAGCAGGGCCUUUAAACUUUUUU